AGCUUUUCCUCGCUCGUUAUGAGAAUGAGCCUAUUUCUAACGAUUUUCAUGCGUUAAAUCAAACGUGUUUGGAGUUUCCACCUGUAGACACGAGACGUACAUCAAGAUAAGUUAUGGGCAAAGGUGAGUUAAAUGAGCAAGCAGAUACCAACAGACCGAAUUACCUGGUGAAACCAACAGAAGCGAGCAAAAUGCUCGAAGCAGCUCUUCUUCAGAUGGAUGAUAUUCUAUCUGGAGUUGAAAAUAACGAAUCUAAAGAUGCCAUCAAAGACCUAACUAACAGUUUGGUAACUCUCCUUCAGAGUACACCCAGACCAUUGCGUCCACCGGAUGCUAAUACUGUACAGAUUUUAAUGGAAUGGCUGCAACCAUCGUGUUUACUGCAGGGCUUAGCCAAGGUGAUUGCCCUACACGGAAGCUUGCCAAACAUUUGCGCGGCAACCAAUGCUGCCCAAUCCGUUAACUUGCCCUUCUGUUGCAAUUCAUCCUAUUCAAGCAUUCCACUUGAAUUAGUUCAACGCGUUUCCAAAGAAUCAUCGGCCCACUGUGCCCCUGGACUUGGCUGUCCUGCAGGUCGCAAAGUGUGCAAUUGUUUAUCGUCGGUUCAUGCGGCCCAUCUGGCCUCUGGUUCUACCGCCGUCGGUCCUCUGGUAUCGGAAAAAAUAAUUAAUGGGAAUAACAAUCCACCCAACACCACGUCCGCCCGGGGCACGUGUUGCGUCGGUUCGAUAGAUCGUCGCAAGAGAAGAUUCAAAAGUAAAACCGACCGGUGCCAGAGGAUCAACAAAAGUCAAAGUGACUUGAUUAAUUACGAGAAAAAAAAUAAGCCCCAAUACUGCUCGCUACAACAUUUUAAAUACCACAACAAGUGCCCUGAACAUACAGAACAGGAACGUUUACAAAAGUUGGAGAACGAACGAAGUUCUCUGCACAUGGAAAUUUCCAUUUUGUCCGAACAACUGGACGCCCAGUCUUCAAAAAUCUUAGAGUUGGAAAAUGCAUUGAAAGACAAAAAGGAUGCCCUGAGGCUCAUGGAAGAGUCGCUACAGAAGGAGGUGUUGUCACGCAGUGCCUUGGAAACUCAAAAGUUGGAACUUUUGAGCUCGCUGUCCGAAAUGAAACUAAGGCAAGCAAAUUUGGAGCACGAAAAUUUAUCUUUACGCAGCACGAAUUUUUUGACCAAUAGCGAAAGAUUCAGCAGACAUGCCGGGCAUUACAGUAGCCUUCCCCGACCCCCUACUUCGCUCAAACGAGGCGUCGCAUUUGGUAAGACCAUCAUCAAACAAAACGACGAGUUGACCGGAUUAAUCACAUUUGAGUUAAAAUUUAGCUGCGAGGAUAAAAACUCCAUCGUGAUGGUGGACAAGGCGACUCCUACGAGGCCUUUCACUCAACUGUCCGUCGAAGAAAUUGGCGAUUGGCUGGCUAAUUUGGGCUUGGAGUCCUACACGAGUGAGCUCAAACGGUGGAACGCGACAGGGGCCAAAUUACUCGGCACGUCGACUAAUCAGCUCGAGAAGGAGCUCGACAUAAAAAACGCCAUGCACAGGAAAAAACUACUUUACGCCAUUGAAUCGGAAAAGAGCAGUGGCGCUGGAUUUUUCGGAUCGGAAAAGAUGGACAACGCCGCUGUGCUGCGUUGGCUGGACGACAUUGGCCUACCUCAGCACAAAGAAGCAUUUUUCAACGCAAAAAUCGACGGCCGCGUGCUCAACCGAUUGACGACGGAGGAUUUGUUUUACCUCAACAUUACCGGACAACUGCAUGCUGCAAGCUUACGUCGGGGUAUCCAGGUCUUGAGGGAGUUGAACUAUGAGUUUGACAACUUGGAGCGUCGGUCGGCUAAUAAUCCAGCCAGCGCGAACGAAGGAAGUCGAGUGGCCCUGUGGAGUAAUCAUCGGGUGAUGGAGUGGUUGAGGGUCGUCGAUUUGGCCGAGUACGCGCCAAACAUGCGGGGUUCGGGAGUCCACGGUGGCCUCAUGACUUACGAGCACCGUUUCAACGCUGAGCUCUUGGCCAGCUUGCUCAGUAUACCACCCGCGAAAACCCUACUUCGGAGACACCUAAACACCCACUUUAACGAAAUCAUCGGCAGAGACGUUGUUCAGUUGAAGCGGCAGAUGGAACAUACUCUUGGUUUUACGCCUCUUACGCUUACGGCUAGAUUAAAGACACCAAAGAGAACGCAAUUCACCCUUAAGCGUAAAAAAAGCAAAAACGAAAUGGAUUUUGGAAAUUUGGUUUGCCCAUUGGAAGACACUCCUCCAGGUACACCUCAAUCAUCAGCUUCGACGACAAGUCCGGGAAGCUCUAAUCUCAAUUCACCCACAUUUUAACCGCAAUCAUCAAUCAUUCAAAUUAUACAUGCCAUCAUCUCACGACUAUACUAACCUACAGGGAAGCUUCGCCAGAAACAAAUCAAAAGAGAAUAAUUGGC